CUCCCAUCCCGACCAUAUAAACAACACCCUUCACCUCAUCAAGCACGUAUCUCUGCCACUCGCUUCCUUCUCUCUCCUAACAUACCUUGGUCAGACCAAAUCUUCAAAUCCAAUCUAUCGCCAUGAAGUUCGCCGCCGUCCUUCUUGCCCUCCCCCUGGCGGCCAGCGCCUGGAAAGUCACCACCGGAUACUGGGCCGGCUCUGAACCCGAUUACUGCACUUCUGCCAACCUAGCCCAGGACGAGGAAGUAACCGUCAGCGACCUGUCCAAGAACCAGAAGGUUAUGUUCUUCUCGGACGAUGAAUGCGAGAACUUUGAAUUCUCGAUCGGAGAGGCUGGCUCCUCCAAGCUGGAGUCGGAUAUCAGGAGCUUCCAGGUGAUGGAGUUUGAGCCUGACACAGAGCGAGGAGAUUUGAAGUAGGAGAUUUGAUUCGCAUGACGAUAGAACUGCUGGAACAGACCUGUAGAGAGUGUGGAUGCUAUAUCAAAUCAGCAUUAAUAUAAACUUUUAUAAGAUCUGUCAAUACGGGUCAGCGCGGCAAGGGCUGUUAUUAGCUUUGAUGCAUUGUGAUUCAGUACAUGGGCAUUGAUGGCAUCCUAAAUCACCUAUCAUGCAGUUAGGGAGAUAGAAAUACUUGCUGCACAAAUCCAUCACCCUCCUAGCUUAUUUUCCUCUGGUUAUUAAUUUAAUCAUUACCACAGCAGAUAAUUCGACGCAAGCCGAG